AUGAGGGGUCUGACGACGGGCCUGAAGCAGCCGUCAGAGAAGAGCCAGCGCCACAUCGUCACGCACAUCGGCAGCGAGGACGGCUUCGUCGCUGGGUGCCUGGACGCCUUCCGCGGACUAAAGACCGGCGACUACCACGAAAAGAUAAACGGCACACGAUUUGAGACGUGGUUCGAAGCUGUUCUUCAGAUUCUGCCGACAGGGAGUGUCAUCGUAAUGGACAAUGCUUCCUACCAUUCUCGGCGGUUGGAAGCAGUGCCAACAUCGGGUUCCCGGAAGGAGGUGAUCCAGCAGUGGCUCACGUCAAAGGACAUCUGGUGGGGUGCCAAGAUGCAGAAGAAGCAGCUCCUUGACAUAGUGGCGCCGGUCAAGCCACUGUAUUUGAAGUAUCGCGUCGAUACUGCUGCAGAGAAGGCUGGUUGA